GCCUGUCAAAAGCGUUGCAUUGUUGACCAAAACAACUCCGCAGAAAAUUUCGGUGUGGAAAUUUUCUGAUAAGCUGGAAAAUAAAUUCCCAAUCCGGUACGGUGCGCGGAUGUGCGUGUUCGUGUGUGCGUGUGUGCGUUGUGCUAUUUUCGCAACGUGAAGAAAACAGGUGUUUGCUGUGAUUGUGUGCUUCUGUGAGCCCCCCGACCCGACGGAUCAUCGCUCCCCGCAAACAGAUAAAGGGAGCCUGCGGGACCAGCUGAGCUGAACGGAGCGAUAGUGUGUGUAUGUGUGUCAGAAAGAGAGUGUGAGAGGGAGAGAUAGCGAGGCCCCGGACGGGCAGGAGGUCCUCACACACACACACACGCUCGUGUUUAUGUAAUUUAUGCUCAUAUCUCCCGGAGCUGUCACGAAUACGCCCGUUCCCCCGUGCACCCAAAGCGCAUCCCCGAUAAAGGCAAAGGAACGCUGCUCUACAAACCCGGCCAGCCGUCGUGCGCUUUGUGUUCUGCUGCUGUUUGUCAUCCUCCCUCCCCCCCUCUGUCGCGCAGUUUCUCCGCCGUAAGCGACCGGCCAGUCGUGUGCGUGCGUGUGGCGUGAGAUGCGAUACGGAAGCGGGUAGAGCGAGCGGGACAGCGAGCGAGUGCGAGCGUAGAGCACCAAGACGCACCCGACUGUGGCUGAAGGGCGGACGGUGCAUUUUUGAUAAGCUGUACGACCUCUGACUUGCCCUAAAACGGCCUGGGUCCGAGAAGGUUCUACCGUGCUGUGUCAACCGUACGGCCCUUUUACAAUCGCCACACGCCAGCUUUGAGGCGAGGGCGGGAAGCAGCUCACGUUCGCUAUCCGAUAGUGCGGAACAGCUGAUACACCCAACCACACACACACACACACACACACUCACGGACAAAAAAUCCCCCCGUCAUUCCAAUCGGAAAGCAACAUGAGCUUGGUUUAAGGUCACACGCGCGUCCACCCAAUCAACCUCCCACUCGCGCGCGCACGCGUGUGUUUGUGUGUGUGUGAUCAGCACGAUCAGCAUUGUCACCCAGCCGGCCCAACCCGGGGCCCAACAUCAACCCCUAGUUGCCCUAGCACACAGCAUCCCAGCAAGGGCCGCUCCACUUAGCACAGCAUGGUGGAACCGAUGUUCGAUUACCAAUUCCGGCACAUUCUCAUCGGGGACAGCACGGUCGGCAAGUCGUCGCUGCUCAAGUACUUUACCGAUGGCAAAUUUGCAGAGCUCUCCGAUCCGACGGUAGGGGUCGAUUUCUUUGCCCACCUGAUCGAGGUGAUGGACGGCACCCGGAUCAAGCUGCAGCUGUGGGACACGGCCGGCCAGGAGCGGUUUCGCUCGAUCACCAAAUCCUACUACCGGAACUCGGUCGGCGUGCUGCUCGUGUACGACAUCACCAACCACGCCAGCUUCGAGCACAUCCCGCUGUGGAUGAUGGAGGCGAAGCGGCACAUCGAGCCGCACCGGCCGGUGUUCGCGCUGGUCGGCUGCAAGCUCGAUCUCGUCACGAGCGGGGCGCAGCAGCGCGAGGUGAGCAUCGAGGAGGCGCGCACGUUCGCCGAGCAGCACGGGCUGAUCUUCGUGGAGACGUCCGCCCGGUCCGGCAUGAACGUGCGGGAGGCGUUCACGCUCGUCACGCAGGAGGUGUACAACCGGAUCAAGAGCGGCGAGUACAAGGUCGAGGACGGCUGGGACGGCAUCAAGAAGGGCUUCAUGCGGCCGAACAAUCUCGACUUCAACCUGGUGGUGGCCGAAUCCGCCCGAAGUACCUGCUGUUAGUUGGGUCGGUUUUGGGGCGGGCGGGUAAACCCUUUUUUUUGCUUUCCAAUCACGCCACUUCUGUAACACACCGCUCCGUACGCACCUUCCCGUAAGCGUACGUGGUACACACAGACACACACACACACGCAUACACACAAGCGCGUGUGGCACCAUACUUCAGCGGUGCGAUCCAAAGAAUCAAAACAGAUGCGCAAUUUAGGAAAAAUCGGCAUCGCACGGGGAACAACGGACGGUUUGAAUUCUGGCUUCCCGCUCUUCCUCGAGCGACGUGCCCGCUGGGGGUGGGGGGGGGGGAGGGAGGAGUGACCUUUUUUCCGUUUACAUUUUACCCACUUCCGCUUUUAAUUCAGGCAGGGAGGCGCUCAGUUUUAUUCCUUUCGUUACAUUUUAUUUCUUACAAUAAUAAUGGAAAAGAUUUAAAUGGCUCUACACACACACACACACACACACAGCGCACGGUUCAGCUGUGUUUUUGGUGGAAAGUUUUGCAACGAAAAAAGGGGGAAGCUUUUAAAAUGAAAAACAUCGUUGGCCACCAAAAAAAACAAAAAAAAAACAAAAAAGAAAAGAAGAAAUCCGUUACCAAGGUUUGCCACGUGGUCACCGAGAGAGAAUCACGAGGCGCUUGCCGGUGAGGUGGAAAAAUGUACACUCCUGGUGGGGGGAGGAAGAUGUUUCUAUGUGAUAUUAUUUGUGUACAUGUUCUGUGUUCAUCCUGUGUGUGUAUGUGUGCGUGUAUGUGUUUGUAUGUGUCCAAUAUUGGGUGGGCAAAGUGGACAAAACGGAUCAUAAAAUGUGAACUUUUUCAUACACGUGAGGUAAAAAAGAACCACCAAACAGCUAGAAAACGAAA